AAAAAGUCUGUGGCUGCAUGCACCAAAAGCGGCCGUAAAAACGACGUACACACGCCGCGCGUAACACGGCGGUCGAACUACAUCACAACUGACGCGACACGCGCGAAACCGAGGCCCGUUCGCGCCCCCGAGGCCUCUCAGACACACGAAGCUGAAAUGACCUUCACCACCCAACAAACGCCGGCGCCGGACGCCGCCGACGACGCGGACAAAGCCUCACUCAUGGCCCUCCCCGACGCCGCCGACGACGCGGACAAAGCCUCGCUCAUGGCCCUCCCCGACGCCGCCGCCGACGCGGACAAAGCCUCGCUCAUGGCCCUCCCCGACGAACUGCUCCGAAAAAUCGCCAGCUUCAGCCAGUUGUUCGCGUCCGCGCCCGCAUUGGUCGUCGCGAUCGGCCGCCACGGCGGCGCCGCCGUAAAAGAGGAACACCGAAACAUGGCAAGGAAGAGCGCCGCGAAGCUCUUCCCGCGCGGCGUCGUCGCGUCCUUAGAGCAGACGAAGCGCGACGUCGCCCGCGACGCGGCGAGCUGGCACGUCUUCGACACGGUAGAGCACACGCGCGCGCCGAACGUAGGGCGGGAUCCAGUACCACAGCUCCAUGUACACCGGCCCCAUGGAGUGCCGCCCGUGCAAGGAUUGCGACUA